AUGGCGCAACAUCUCUUGGUCGCGGCGAAUAGGUACGGCAUGGAGAGGCUAAAGUUGAUGUGCGAGGACAAGCUGUGCAAGUACAUUGAUGUUGGCACGGUGGCAGCAAUACUGACGCUAGUCGAGCAGCACCAUUGCCACAGGCUAAACAAGGCGUGCUUUGAGUUUCUUAGCUCUGCCGUGAAUCUGAGGGCGGUCACGGCAAGUGAUGGCUUCAAGCUUCUGACUAGUAGCUGCCCCUCUAUUAUGGAGGAGUUCAUUGUCAUGCUUGGCAAUCUAGUUCCGUAA